GCCUUCUGUGGGUCUCUUACGACCCUGUUGGUAAAGGUGUUUUGAGUUCUUCCUCCCGUUAUAUCAGCCCCCAGAGGAUCUGUGUGUAACUUUCUUCCCACAAACCAUCAGAACACCCUCAGAGGCCACAAGCAGGGCCAUGCUGCAGCUAUCAGGACCAAAAACAGAAGAAAACCAAUGUAAAAAGUUGUUUCCUCAGUUUUUUUUCCCCUCUGCUGGUGGCAGAGUUGAAAUCUGCAGAGCCUUUCUUUGGCAGUGGAGCUUUAGUGCUGGAGUGGCUGCGGUGCAACACAGCUCCCUCUCACACAGCUCUUGGAAGAUUGAUGACAAACCAGUGAAGAUUGAUAAAUGGGACGGCUCAGCUGUGAAAAAUUCUCUGGACGACUCUGCCAAAAAGGUCCUCCUGGAGAAGUACAAAUAUGUGGAAAACUUCCGCCUGAUCGACGGGCGCCUCAUCAUCUGCACCAUCUCGUGUCUCUUUGCCAUCGUCGCUUUGAUCUGGGAUUACCUGCACCCCUUCCCUGAAUCCAAACCUGUCCUCGCCUUCUGUGUCGUCUCGUAUUUUGUGAUGAUGGGAAUCCUGACCAUCUAUACCUCCUACAAAGAGAAGAGCAUCUUCCUGGUGGCUCACAGGAAGGACCCGGCUGGGAUGGACCCUGACGACGUGUGGCAGCUCUCCUCCAGCCUCAAACGGUUUGAUGACAAAUACACCCUGAAGCUGACCUUCAUCAGUGGGAAAACCAAACAGCAGAGAGAAGCUGAGUUCACCAGGUCCAUCGCCAAGUUCUUCGAUGCCAACGGGAUGCUGGUGAUGGAGGCCUACGAGCCCGAGGUCUCCAAGCUGCACGACAGCCUGGCGCUGGAGAGGAAAAUCAAGUGAGCUGACCUCCGUGGAGCUCAACGCAAAUAAAGGAAAGCAGUGCGAGAAAGCGAUUCGCUUCUAA